GUAGGCUCUCCAAAAUGUUGAACGGAGAUUUGAGGAUUGUCCAAGCUACGCGACUGAAGCAGUGGCGCUUUCAGAGAGGGGAAACUCCGUUGAGAUGACGCUGUAUAAUUUAGAGGAUUUGAUACUCUACAUUCUAGAUGUGUCGUCGACUCUUACUACAUUAUUGAGAAGCCAUUCUCCGCUAAUUGCUACAUUUUAUGGAGAUGACUUCAUAAACAAGAUAGUUUCGUUAUAUGGGAGUACAAUACCUGAGAUGUAUAAAAAGCUGGAUAAGUUAGCAUAUAAGGAGGAAAGUAUACCAAAGUACAUGGAAUUGAAGCAUCGUCUCGAUGUAACCAGAGUGGAGAUGUUAAGUCUUUAUCGAAUUAUUACUUAUGAGCCCAUAUUAAGUAUUCAGGAAAAGAUGAACACAAUAACGGAAGGCGAGAUAAGAAAUUGCAUAGACGAAUAUUUGAAUACACUAAUGAAUGCUAUAUCUGAAAAAGAAUUCAUUAUAGAUUAUCAUCAGUUUUACCCAAUUGAUGCCGAUCUCGAACAUAUAACCAAACUUUGUCCUGAUGUUGAUACGAUAAAAUGCGAGUAUAUAUUACAUUCAUUGCAUGCAACGAUUGGAGAUGCUAAGCCGUCAGUCAGUGCGUCUCUCAAUAAUGCAAGUAUAGCCGUUGCUGGAUCUAGUGGUGUUCAAAGCAACCAACGAAAAGAACAUUCCAACAAUGUGAAUUGCGUAAAUGAUAAAACAGACUUUGCCUUGAAAGAGCCUGAGAACAUAAUGUCUCUAAUCGCGGAAGUGAAAGAGAUUCUCUGCGAUUAUGGUGAAGGUUUCAUACAGCUAUAUUUAAAGCAUUAUAAUUAUAACGUUGAAUCUGUGAUAAAUGCAGUUCUGGAGCCGACGAAUUUACCACGUGAUUUGAAAGAAUUAGAUAAGACAAUACCAUAUAUACCACCCGAUCCGAUGGUAAGUGAUGGAAUAAUUUCUACGCCGUGACAAAGCCAAGAUAGCAAAGGUUAA